UUUCAGAUAAUUUAAUAUCCGUUGCUCAACCAAUUUAAAUAUGCUGUCAUUACUUUCCCUGAUCAUUGCGUCAGGGACCGUUCUACGAGCGGAUACAGAGCUAUGGGAGCCACUCACGUAUCCAGAUCCACGUACAAAUUCCACAGAGUGCAAUGUUCCGCACGAUGGAACUUUAUGUGAUCCUGAUCACAUUUUGACUGAUACAUGGCGGCAAACAAUAUUGGAUAAUAUUGAGAAACAAAUGGCUAAACUCGAAACUGCUAAAAUUCAUUACACCGACAAAGCAAAUCCUGAAUGUUUUCUGAAUAGUACGGGUCCUCCACAGAUUUUUCUAAUAUUAGCGAAAAGAAUUCAUGCUGCUAGCAAUCAAAGUUAUGUCAGAAGUGAUUUGACUAAGUUUGGUGAUGGUAUACGGGAAGCUUUCGGAUUAAAUGAGAUGCCAUGCCAAAAUCAUGUUUUGAUAUCUGGUGUAGAAUUAGCCAAAGAAGUAUAUGUUUGGACUGGUGCAGAUCUUCCCAUUCCAAAAGAAACUCUUGACAAUUUGCAGUACAAAAACCUUUUCAACGAGAGAAACUAUAUGGAAGAGCUCAAUAGGAUUGUUGACGAAGUAAGUUCUCUUAUCAUGGAUCCAUUCAAGGAGCAUUCCACAACUCUGGCUCCGGAAGAAACUACCGAAGACGGUUCCGGAACUACGUUGGACUCAUCGAGCCCAUCAAAUUUGACUGAAACGGUUAUUCCAACAUGGAUGUACGUUGUAAUAGUGAUAUGUGUCGUGGUUACUGUUUUUGUGCUAGUUUUCUUCGUGUUCUUCAUCAUCAAAUAUAUCAAAAACCAUUCAAAAUCUGCUCAAAUCUAUCCAAUCGAAUCAAAUCAAAAAUCUGGCGGCCCAAUCUUCAACGUAAUUCAAAAGCAUGAAAACAAUGGAGAUGAAAAUUAUCAACUGGAAAGAGGAAUCUGCAUGAACAGAAGACCAAGUAUCGACUCUGAAAAUAGUCAUCAACCAAUGAGCGAGCAUAGUGAAUGCACCGCAGAUGCAAGUUCUAUAGCAAGUGGGGAGAAUGAGACCAAGAGACACGGUUUUGAAAACUAUUCAAAAGAGCAGUCAACUAAUAACACAGCAAAGGUUACCAUAGAUGAUGGCCAGUUAUCUACAGACAGAGUAAUCGCUAGACGUAACAGUGACAUGAGACUUGCACCUCCAAAUAUUGACGAUCAAUUUUCAUCACUGUGAUGGAUGUUUGAAAUAACCCUAUGUACCCUGUAAGACUUCUGAAUUCCUGAAACUGACUUCUGUGUAGGUCACAUUUUGACGUGUAUAUUGCGACGUGUGUAUCAUAAAUACCAACUUCAUGUUUUGAACUUUCUUUUUUUUCUACUGUCAUGCUAUUCAUUGAUUCAAUGUGUAUUGCUUAUUAGAAAUGCAGAAAAAAUUAUUAAUUGAUACAUAUAAAUUAUUUUCCAACAU